GUAUUUUACUUUCGUUUCAAAUUAUCAAUUACGAAAGUGAAUUGCUUCAAACAACAACUUCUAGGGAAAGCUGUAACCACUGGCACAGCGUAUUCCCAAGCAGAUUCGCGAAAAGACUUGGUGUUCUACUCGCGCGAGCAACUUUUUGCUCGAGCAUAGACCACUAGACGAUCGGAGUCCAGACAAUGCAUCUAGAGCACAUCGCACACAAAACGAAUGCUCAAAAACGAAAAAGCUACACCUUAAACUUCAUGAG